CGCUCAUCUGCAUGCGCCACGCCCCGUGUGGUGACGUCCCCGCCCACCCGCCUGGCCACCUGCUAAGGCGCGGGCGGGGAGCCCUUGGCCCGCAUCUGGGGCCUGAAGCGCAGACCCGCGAAGACCGGGACCCCGCCGCCGGGCGGGCACGGGGACGCAGGGGCCAGAAAGGAAACCUGAGUCCGCGCUGUGCUCCCCGCUGCCGGCUCGGCUCCCAGGACCCGAACCCUCCGAGAAAGCCUGGUCCCGGGGGACGCUCAGGCCGGGCCGCGUCCGCGAGAGCCGGGGACGGGGACACCGCGGCGCAGGACCGGGGGCCGCCUCGGCCGCUACGAACGCCCGAGGGCGCGCGGGACGCCGAGUUGGAAAGGGGAGAAAGGAGAGCCCCGGGCACCGCAGCCCGCGCCGCGCCGCGCCGGGCUCUCUGCUAUGGCCUGGGAAAGCGGCGGAAGAUGGCCCAGGUCCUUGGGUCCCUGCACCCGCGUGGGAGACCCAGAAAGAGCUCCUGGCUCCUGGCUUCGGAUCAGCGCAGCUCUGGCCAUUGCGGCUGUGGUGAAAUGAGAAGGCCAUGCCAAGAUGGCCGCUGGCAAGCAAGCUCACUUACUGAGGAAUGGCUUCGACACCCACCUGGCAACAGGCUGUGAUCGGAUGAUUUCUGAUACUGCCUGGCAACAGGCUGUGAUUGGUUAGGGCAUAGACCACCCCUUGACUGGAUUGGCUGCCUUGGCUAUUUAAGCCGCUGUACCAACUGGAAGAACCGAGUCUGUGGGCUGCUCGCCUGGGGCCCACUUUCACCCGACACCCGGGGUCUGUGUGGUGAGGUAAGCAGGCCCCUCGGUGUUUUGUGUGCUGUUCCGGCUCUGUGAGGGUGAGCUUCUUGGCUCCUCCUCUUACUUUUUGUUUGCCCGGUGAAUUCACAUAAGGGACUGAUUUCCCAGAAUUCGGAACCAAGUCAUCUUCCCUCACUCGAGAGAGGUGAUGCUCCGGAGGCACUUUGUGGGCAUAUGGCCUUGCCUAACAAAUCAAGGAAGUCCCCCACUAAGCACAGGGCAUACGUACGGGUCUGAUACACCACUGUCUGUCUAAUGUAGGGCGUUUUCCUUUGGCUAGAGUUGGCGUGGCGUGCUGCUCUUAAGCGCUCAGACAUGGGAAACAUACCCCCCUCUCAGAAGCGCACACAGAUUACCAAACAUAGUGGAUCUGUGAGUGAUCAGAGCCUGUCACUCCAGGCCUCUGCUUCACAGGCAACAGUUGAUGACUUAGGGAGAGAGAGCUCUGACAGUGAGAAUGACAAUGUAGCAAACAAUGUAGCAAUGCCUGGUCAGCCGACCUCGAGGCAAUAACCCACACGAGGUCAUCCCAUCCUCACCCAGUGAGGAUCCCCACAUUUGUGGCAGUCCCCGGGCACCCCAGGCUCUCAGGGCCGCCGCUAGACCCCGUCCCACCCGCACGUUUCCCGUUAAUUUAGGAGCAGACACAGAAUUCAGGCCCUGGAUUCCAAUGCCCGGAAAUGACCGUGCUGUGCUAAAAAAAAAAAAAAGAGGCUUCUCAAGAGUCAGGCCCCGACUCUCCCUACUUUGAACAGGUGCUCACACAAUGUGCAGCGAACCUUCAAACUCAUUUUGACUGGGUUACACUGCUCAAGGCAAUGUUUGUCGAGACCACACUUCUUACGGUGGAAAGCCUCCUAUGAGGAAGGAGGCCGAAACCGUGGCGAGCACUAAUGUUGCCUAUGGAACUGCAGUCACCUUUGCUAUGCCUACAGGCCGCGGCACCUACGUAGAUCCUCAUGAACAGGCCCGCAUUGGGGUAGUUGCCUACUUUGAUCAGGUCAGAGAUUUGGCGCUUAGAGCCUUAAAAAAUAGAAAUCCUCCUAAUUAUAGCCAGCUCUUUAGAAACCUAGUUCAAGGCCCACGCGAAUGGUUGCCCGAUCUCCUUGCCAGAGUCUCGGAGGCAGUAGAGAAAAGAUUACUGCUUGGCCCCGAUCAAGAUGAUUUGGUCACACAAUUAGCUUGGGAAGGUGCUACCAAAGAGGCAAAAGCUGCAAUCGCCCCAGUCCGGAAUGAAGACAUUUCUAAAUGGGUAGUAGCCACACAGGAGGUAAACCCUGCCGAUACACCCAUGCAGGCCCUAACUGCAGCUAUUAACAAACUGAACACAAGGAAGUCCAAUGACCCUCCAGUUUGCUGGGGAUGUCAGGAAAUAGGGCACCUACGGUAAAACUGCCCAAAUGCUGACAGACGGGGCAAGCCCAAAACGCUGUGUCCCAGAUGUAAAAAAGGCUUUCAUUGGGCCAAAGAUUACAAGACCAAGCCUUUAAACUCCCAGCAGGGCGGCCCUCAGCCCAGCAAGUAAGAGGGAGUCCCACCACCAUUAACUGGUCGAUGGCUGUCUUCAAUCUGAGGCCAAAAUUGACCCUAUCUUCCGAUGACAUUGCCUUUGUGGGUUUAAUUGAUACGGGGGCUGAUGCCACUGUCUUAAAAACUAGGGACGCAAGAAAAAUGCAACAUUGGUGUUGGAGGAUUAAAAUUGGCUGUAAUGCCGGCGCCGUGGCUCAACAGGCUAAUCCUCCGCCUUGCGGCGCCGGCACGCCGGGUUCUAGUCCCGGUUGGGGCACCGAUCCUGUCCCGGUUGCCCCUCUUCCAGGCCAGCUCUCUGCUGUGGCUAGGGAGUGCAGUGGAGGAUGGCCCAAGUC